UUUAUUACAUCAAUCUUGUAUUUAUUUAUAAUUUGAUUGACGUCGAAAUUCUUAUUGAGUCGCUUCAAAAUGACUUAACUUAUAAUGACAUAGUAAGUGUUUGUGGUGUAAUGGAAGUUAUAAAAUCCCAUAAAAAGUACAUAUUUAAUUGAGUAUAUUCCUUUAUUCAAGAACAUGAAAAUGUUUGGAACUCUCUGCGCCGUUUCUUGGAUGCUAAAGAAUUGUAUUUGGCAGACAAUACUGAACUGGCAAUGUGAACAAUUCUACACCGCUGUACAAAAGGCCCAAGACGUCUGUGCUGUUAUUUUGAUGUCAUCUUGUGCUGAUGACAAGAAACAGCUCUGCAAGAACGUGCUCCGCCUACAUCGCGCGUCAUUCAGCAAGAUACGCGUGUGUGGCCUGUUCUACUUGGAUGCUGCGUUACAGCUCAGUCUGAUGAGUCUAGUCACUAACUACACUAUUGUGCUGCUGCAGUUCGCGUUAUUGUAAUUUAAACUUUAUAGUUAUUGUAACAAGACGUGUUUUAUUCACGAAGCCAAAUA